CCUGUGAGCGCGGGGCAGUACGUGGUCACGACCGCUUCCAACCUGCAGAACCAGCAGGUGCUCACGGGCCUGCCGGGCGUUAUCCCAAAUAUCCAGUACCAGGUCAUUCCCCAAUUCCAAACCAUCGAUGGGCAGCAGCUCCAGUUUGCCACCACCCCUGCCCAAGUCAACGUGCAGCAGGAUGCCUCUGGUCAGCUCCAGAUCAUCCCCGGCACGAACCAGCAGAUCAUAACGAGCCGAGCGGGGACGAGUAACCUCAUCGCCAUGCCAAACCUGCUGCAGCAGGCCGUCCCCAUCCAGGGCGUAGGCUUAGCCAACAACACCCUCUCAGGGCAAACCCAGUACGUGGCCAACGUCCCCGUGGCUCUGAACGGCAACAUCACCUUGCUGCCGGUCAACAGCGUGGCCGCCAGCCUCACCUCUCAGACGGUCACGUUGAGCAGCUCCGGCUCUCCGGACAGCAGCUCCCAGCCGGCCACCUCGGGCGCAGCCAUCAGUUCCACCAACACGGCCACGUCUCAUGCUAGUUCCGGCGCCUUUUUUACCAACGCCAACAGCUACUCCACCACCACCACCACCAGUAACAUGGGCAUCAUGAAUUUUUCCACCAGCGCGACGGUGGGAACCAACGUCCAGGCGCAGACACCCCAGAGGGUCAGCAGCGUCCAGAGCUCGGACUCUCUGCAGAGCCAAGUUUCUGGGGUGGCUUUGCAGCCGGGGCAGCAGAAAGAGGGGGAUCAGAGUCAGCAAUCGCAGCAGCAGCAGCAGCAGAUCCUGAUCCAACCUCAGCUAGUCCAAGGAGGGCAGACAAUCCAAGCCCUCCAGACCACCCCGCUCUCUGGCCAGACCUUUGCCACUCAAGCCAUCUCCCAAGACGCCUUGCAGAACCUGCAGCUCCAAGCUGUCCCCAACUCCGGGCCCAUCAUCAUCCGAACGCCCACGGUGGGUCCCAACGGGCAGGUGAGCUGGCAGACCAUCCAGCUCCAAAACCUUCAGGUUCAAAACCCCCAGGCCCAGACAAUCACCUUGGCCCCUAUGCAGGGAGUGUCGCUGGGGCAGACGGGCAGCACCAGCACCACGCUCACCCCCAUCGCCUCCCUCCCCAGCGGCACUGUCACGGUCAACGCUGCCCAGCUCUCCUCCAUGCCAGGCCUCCAGACUAUUAACCUCAGUGCCUUGGGAGCGUCUGGGAUCCAGGUGCAUCAGCUGCAAGGGCUGCCGCUUGCCAUAGCAAACACUGCCGGCGACCACAGUGCUCAGCUGGGUCUUCACGGCACGAGCGGAGACGGGCUGGGAGACGAGAACGCGGCUGUGGAGGAAGGAGAGACCAGCCCGGACCCGCAGCCCCAGCAAGGACGGAAAGUGCGGAGGGAAGCGUGUACCUGCCCCUACUGCAAAGACAGCGAGGGAAGGAGCUCUGAGGAUCAGGAUAAAAAAAAGCAACACAUCUGCCACAUCCCGGGCUGUGGGAAGGUGUACGGCAAAACCUCUCACCUCCGGGCUCACCUGCGGUGGCACACCGGGGAGCGACCCUUCGUCUGCACCUGGAUCCUCUGCGGGAAACGUUUCACCCGGAGCGACGAGCUGCAGCGACACAAGCGCACGCACACAGGGGAGAAGAAAUUCGCCUGCCCGGAGUGCCCCAAACGCUUCAUGCGGAGCGACCACCUCUCCAAGCACAUCAAGACCCACCAGAACAAG